AAUGGCUACCCCAGAAUCAUUAAACCCAGCUCCUCUUACUGGUCUAGGAGAUCACUCAUACAAAAAGGUCAUGGAAGAUGACUAUUCAACUGGAAAAUUGAAUCUCAAAUUUAAGGGAACAACAAAAAAUUAGGGUACUGCAAACUACAAAGGAUGGUUAGAUAUCAGCAAAUCAUAAUCUAAAUAAGAGACUAAGUUCCAAUUCCCAUAUAAUAAGUAUGAAUUUAUAAUAAAAAUAAAAGUUAUUUCUUCCAAAUUGCCACAAGAGAAGAUGGAGCUAAAGUCCAUAUUGAUUUUGGAGAAGUAACCAAAUUUGGAAAUAAUGCAAGAGUUAAUCUAUUUGCCAAUGCCAAAUUGGGUAGCUCUCACUUAGGAUAAGCAGUACUUAGAUUUGGUGGAGUGACUUAAUGGAAUUAAUUGACCCAUCAUUUACGUAGAUAUUCAUAAAAUACAAUUAGGUUUCGAAUACAAUCCAAAUAAUGUCUUAAAUGCUUUUAGCAGAAUAUUUUUGAGAAGAAACAAUUGGGUUUACGUAUUUGCAGAUGAACUUCAAAUCACAAAUGGAUUUGGAGUAAAAAGAAUAGACUUCAUAAUUGGACAUACUACAUAGAAUUAUGAUGUUUUCUUUAGACAUUUAACUGAUUAACCACAUAAUAAUAAAGAAUGGUCUUAAUUGACAAAUGGAAGAGUUAUUUUUGAUCUUGUUUACAGAAAAAAUAAAAAUACUUUUGGAUUGGAAACAGAAUACAACUUAGCAAAAACUUAAUUGAAUGCUAUGGUUGGUGUUGCUACAAAAUUGCAAAAUUUUGAUGUAAAAGCAAGAGUCAAUUUGACAUAAUAGAAACUUGGUUUGAGUGGAAAAGGUAAACUCAAUGAAAAGUAUAUGAUUAUUAUUAUAUGUUUAGAUUCAAUUGGACUUUAUCAACAGAAGUACCACUUAAUGGAACAUUACCAAGCAAAUAAGGUUUCUUCCCACUCCCCGUAGGAUUUACAUUAGAUGCAUCAUUAUGAUC